GGCCUACGCGGCGAGCUCUCUGACGGUCCCAGCCAGGGAAUUUCAAUUUGAAACCUAGCAGAGGGUGGAGGCGGACGGCGAGCGCGGAAGGCCGGCGGCCGGGACUGAAGCGGGACGCGUCCCGGGGCGAGCAAACUCGAGAGGGGCGGUGUCGGGAGCACUAAUGAAGGGCAAACCUACGUGAUGAGUGUGUCUGCUAACUCCUGCUAGUGUCUCAAGUCGAGUGGGGACCGUGCUGGCGAGUUCAAGGCUGAUUUGCUGAGGCCUUUUUCUUGUUGGAUCUUUUGAAAGGAUCUUGUAUAAGCUGUAACCAUGACGACUGAAGUUGGCUCUGCAUCUGAAGUGAAGAAGGGCUCUGACCAGGUGGGAGCAGACACACCCAAGGAGAGAGCUAAAGAAGCAGAAAAUGAGCAGAAUCCCUUAUCUGAGCCAGAGGAGGAGAAAGGCUCCCAGCCAGGCCCUGCUGUUGAAAGCCAAAGCAGUCCCCGCCGCCGGAAGAGAGAGAAGGCUCCGUCUGAGAGCAGGGGCAUUUCUCGGUUCAUACCGCCAUGGCUUAAGAAGCAGAAGUCUUAUAACUUAGUAGUAGCCAACGAUGGAGGAGAUAAGAAGGAGCCGACCCACGCUGAUAUGGAAGGCCAGGUCUUGGAUAAAGAGGAUUCCCUUCCUGAGGAAGAGAGUCGGGCCAAGGGCGAUGCUGAAGAGAUGGCUCAGAGGAAGCACUUGGAGGUCAAGGUGGAGGUCAAGGAAGAAAAGCCUCCCCUGAAAAGCAGUCCUGAGACCCAGCCUGCUGAAGAAGUGAGGAAGGACAGAGAGGCAGGACAGGGAAAGGAGGCACAGGAAGAGACCCCGGAAGGAGAGGCAGCGAAACGGGAGACCAAGGAAGUGCAGACAAGCGAGCUGAAGGCAGAGGUGGCCUCUCAGAAAGCUCCCAAGAAGACUAAGACUGUCCUGGCCAGAGUGACCCUCCUGGAUGGCACCGAGUACAGCUGUGACCUGGAGAAACGUGCCAAGGGACAAGUGUUAUUUGACACAGUGUGCGAACACCUCAAUCUCCUGGAGAAGGACUACUUUGGACUUCUGUUUCAGGAGAGUUCCGAGCAGAAAAACUGGCUCGAUCCUGCAAAAGAGAUAAAGAGACAGCUGCGAACUCUUCCCUGGCUAUUCACUUUCAAUGUGAAGUUUUACCCUCCGGAUCCUUCUCAGUUGACUGAAGACAUCACCAGAUACUUCUUGUGCCUUCAGCUGCGGCAGGACAUCGCCUCUGGCCGCCUGCCCUGCUCCUUUGUGACUCAUGCCCUCUUGGGAUCCUACACACUUCAGGCCGAGCACGGAGACUAUGACCCAGAGGAGGAUGACAGCGUUAAUCUUGGCGACUUCCAGUUUGCCCCAGCCCAGACCAAGGAGCUGGAAGAAAAGGUGGCAGAACUGCAUAAAACUCACAGGGGCUUAUCUCCAGCACAAGCUGACUCUCAGUUCUUGGAGAAUGCAAAGAGGCUCUCCAUGUACGGCGUUGACCUGCAUCAUGCCAAGGACUCAGAAGGUGUAGACAUCAAGCUGGGUGUGUGUGCUAAUGGCCUUCUCAUUUACAAAGACAGACUGAGAAUCAAUCGCUUCGCUUGGCCGAAGAUCCUGAAAAUCUCCUAUAAGCGCAGUAAUUUCUACAUUAAAGUUAGACCAGCAGAGCUGGAACAGUUUGAGAGCACCAUUGGAUUCAAAUUGCCAAACCACCGGGCCGCGAAAAGGCUAUGGAAAGUAUGUGUGGAGCAUCACACUUUCUACAGGCUUGUGUCUCCAGAGCAGCCACCAAAGGCCAAGUUCUUGACCUUGGGCUCCAAAUUCCGCUACAGUGGCCGCACACAGGCACAGACACGCCAAGCAAGCACACUCAUUGAUAGGCCAGCACCACACUUUGAGCGUGCCUCUAGUAAGCGUGUCUCGAGGAGCCUAGACGGAGCCCUGAUUGGUGUUGUGGACCAAAGUCUUACGAAGGAUUUUCCUGGCCCUCCUGGAGAGGGUUCAGUGCCUGGCCCUGGAGCUGUCAGCUCCACCACCAUACAGGAUGGUGAUAGCCGGAGGGAUGUCAGAAGCCCAACAAAAGCUGCACCCCUGCUUCCUGAGGGGAAGAGAAGUACCUUGAGAGUAGAAGGGGAUAAUAUUUAUGUCAGACAUAGCAAUUUAAUGUUGGAGGACCUGGAUAAGGCCCAGGAGGACAUACUGAGGCAUCAGGCUAGCAUUAGUGAGCUCAAGCGCAAUUUUAUGGAGUCCACACCUGAGCCGCGCCCCAAUGAAUGGGAAAAACGACGUCUCACACCUCUGUCCCUGCAGACACAAGGGAGAAAAGGCGAGCAUCUUUUCAAGGAUGUCCUAUCCAAGAAGGAGAAGGACCCGAAGGCAGCAGCGCGGACAUCUGCAGAGGAACCUCGGGCAGACAAGAGCCUAGAAGAGGAGAUAACAUCAAUUUUGUUUAGUGGAAAGGGCUUUUCUCAUAAUGUGAAAGCCUCCUGCCCUUCAGCCAGCACUUGGACAGCAGAGGGCGCUGUUUUGAACGCUAAUGCACCUAGGGAAAAGCUUUCUCCUGCGCCCUUCUCACACUUGCCUGAGACUCGCACUCCCACGUCGGAAGGGCCUUGCACUGGAACCAGGGACGCUGUUAAGAGUUUACAUGAGACUCUGAAUGUGGUGGAGGAGAAGCAGCGGGCAGAGGUUGGGAAAGACGAAAGAGUAAUCACAGAAGAAAUGAAUGGUAAAGAGCUGUCACCUGGGAGUGGUCCUGGGGCGAUCCGUAAGGUGGAGCCUGUGACACAGAAAGACUCCACCACCCUGUCUUCUGAGAGCAGCAGCAGCAGUGAGAGUGAGGAGGAUGAAGUGGGAGAGUACCAGCCUCACCACCGAGUGACUGAGGGCACCAUAAGGGAAGAACAGGAGGAAUACGAUGAAGAGAUGGAGGAAGAACCCGGCCAAGGAGCCAAGGUAGUAGAGAGGGAGGCAGCAGUGCCCGAAGCCAUCCCAGACAGACAAGCAGGGCCCAGUGCACUCACAGUAGAGACAGAGGCCCAGGAGAAUGUAGGUGCCCAAAAGAUUCCUGCAGAGAAGAGUGCACACGGAGGCACUGUUGAGCACGACCCGAGAGAAGAAACAGAGGACGAGCAGCACACAGUUAACGGAGAGGUGCCCCAUGUUGACAUUGAUGUUUUACCAGAAAUUAUUUGUUGUUCAGAGCCACCAGUGGUAAAAACAGAGAUGGUAACAAUUUCUGAUGCCUCACAAAGGACAGAAAUCUCCACCAAGGAAGUCCCCAUUGUUCAAACUGAGACCAAAACCAUCACGUAUGAGUCUCCACAGAUUGAUGGCGGGGCUGGUGGUGAUUCGGGCACGUUACUGACUGCACAAACCAUCACAUCUGAGUCCGCGUCAACAACGACAACCACACACAUCACCAAGACUGUAAAAGGUGGAAUAUCGGAAACAAGAAUUGAGAAGCGCAUUGUGAUCACAGGGGAUGCAGCUCUGGAUCAUGAUCAGGCGCUGGCUCAGGCCAUUAGGGAAGCCAGAGAGCAGCACCCGGAUAUGUCCGUCACGAGGGUGGUAGUGCACAAGGAGACAGAGCUGCCAGAAGAAGGAGAGGAGUAAGGUAAGCGAGCCUGGCUACCCCAGCCUCUCCUGCGACUCCUCU